AGUGUCGGUUAAUGUGUUAUUAUAAUUGACUUCCUUUUCCUUUUUGUCUGUCUUUUAGUUAACUCUUGUUUUAGAAAAAAGUCUUGUAUUUUUGGAUCCGAUUUAGAGAACAAUUAAAAGACAAAAUGCCGGCAAAACGUAUGGGAAUGAUCCCAAACGCUCACUUCCGUAAGGAUUGGCAGCGAUUUGUGAAGACAUGGUUUGAUCAGCCGAUGCGCAAAAAGAGACGGCAUUUGGUGCGCGUGGCCAAAGCGGCCAAAGUCGCCCCGAGGCCAACACAUCGACUCAGACCAGUCGUUCAUUGUCCGACAAUUAAAUACAACUCGAAGGUUCGGUUGGGACGAGGAUUCUCUUUAGAAGAGUUGAAAGCCGCGGGAAUUGCGAGACGAGAGGCGCCGACUAUUGGAAUAUCUGUGGAUCACCGAAGAACCAACAAAUCGGUGGAAUCGCUUCAGAGAAACGUCAGAAGACUAAAGGAAUAUCGAUCGAGAUUAAUCCUCUUCCCAUUGGUCAACAAAAAGCCGCGCAAAGGCGACGCUUCGGCUGAAGAACAGAAACUGGCGCAUCAAUUGGUCGGAACUAUUCUUCCGCUGAAACGAGGAAAACAGUUCCUCAAGAGUGAAAAGUCACGUGUUCCCACUGAAGAGGAGCGCAAAGCGAACGCCUAUCACAGCAUUCGUCAGGCGCGGGCCAACGCGGCUCUGAUCGGCAAAAGGGCGAAGAAGGCCAAGGAGGCGGCCGAGAGUUUGGAUGCGCCGAAGAAAGCGGCGAAAGAGUGAAUAAAUGAAAGUUUUAUUGAAUAAAAGUUCGGUUAAUGUUUAGACACGAAUGACUUGAGACUAAUCGAGA